AUGUUUCUUUCGAUGAAGGCUAUGAAGUGGGCAUAUCCAAUCUGUCCAAGAAUCACUACAGUUGGUAGAAAUGGAUGUGAUAUAGUUAUUGAUAACCCCACAGUUGAACCCCAGCAUGCGGUUAUAGAGUAUGAUCCGUCAACCGGCUUGCUGACCUUGCGUGAUCUCUCGUCCCGUAAAGGAACAUUCGUGAAUGAUGAAAUCAUCCAUGGAGGAGUGACGCGCUUGUCAGUAGGAGACAAACUAAGGUUCGGAUGUUGUCCGACAGUGUAUGAAGUAACAACUUCCGAGAGAAAUAUACGCGAGUCUUUCACAGGUACACAGUCAGUGAACACAGAGAACCAAGAUAAGAAUUCAACGAAAAUUCCUCCAUGGGUGAAAGUCUGCAACUAUUCAGAUCUAAGUCCAAUAAACCUUCCGAAGCUGGUAUCUAAGAGAGACACAUGUCAUUUUUCACUUCUAACCACCACAGACGACAAACCUGGCGACUUUCCUUACAAAAGAAAUGACGGGAAAUGUGACGAAACACAGUCAUUUUCAAAGACGACAAAUAAUUUUCAAGAUAUUACUGAGAACAAGGAAAUUUAUCCUUUAUACUACAUGAAAGCAACCAAUUCAGAAAAUUGUCAGACGAAUAUAAAUUCAAAUUCUACCAUAUCUGAAGCAGUAAGAAGGGAUGUAAAUUCAGAGGAAAAAGAUAAAUUCAUUCAACAAUUACAAGAACAAAUUAAUCGUCUUGCACCGCUAGAAGCUAUCACUACACAAAAAGAUAUUCUGAUAAAACAUUUACAAAAUCAGAUAUCUCAAAUGAAUCAAAUUAAUAAAUUAUUCUAUCAGUCAGGUAAUUAUUCACAGAAUUUAACUGUUGGAAGUCCACAUAUUUCAUCUCAACCAACAUUACGAUGUUUGACUGAUAAUACAUGUCAAACGGAUACAAAACAAAACUGUACAUUAUCCAAUCAGAUCCCAUAUCAUGUUCAACAACAACCAAAAGAUCAACUAACCAGAAUACGUCCUGGUUCUACACCAUCACAAGUUAAAUUAUGCUCUACAAAAAUGAAUGAUUCAAACAACUGUGAAGUACUAUUAAAUGAUCAAGAAAUUAAAUGUAGUAAUGAUGUAAAAGAUACACAACUAUUAGAAAAAGUAGGCAGAGAACGCCAAAUACUAAGUGGACUUGUAACUCAAUUACAGAAAGAUUUAUCGAAUAAAGAUGUCCAAAUUUGUAGACUAAAUAAAGAAUUGAGUCAAAUUAAAAAUCAAUUAACGGAGAAAGAUACAGCAAUUGAUGCGUUACAUUUGAAGUAUAAUAGAUCUCAAGACAAAACACAACAGAACAAAGAGAGAGAACAAUUUGAAAAGGAAAUCGAUAAUAUUCGUCAGAAGUAUAAGACUGCUGAAAUUCGCUGUCAUUCACUACAAGAUGAACUGCAAAAACUGAAAUUAGAUUAUGAUAAAGUCAGUCUAGAGGUUGAAAGUAAAUCAAACAAUGAAAAUAGAUUACGUAAAGAAUUGGAAGAAACACAGACAAAAAUAACUGAGCUAGAUCGUUCAAAUCGAAUUCACUUACUGGAUAAGCACGAAGCUGUUAGUCAAUGUGAACGAUUACGCACACGUAUAAUGCGCAUCAAAAUGGAGACUUCUGAAGAUAACCAUCCCUCUAAGGAAAAGAUGGACGGUAGUCCUGAACGAACUGUUCAAUUUUCAAUAAAAACAUCUGAAACCCCAAUAAAUAAUGAUACAAUGAGUACCACAACAACAGUAAAAGAUAUGAAUAAUACUUGUCAAGAUGCAAAUCACGACGAACAGUUAUUGGAUCGUCUACAGUAUCUGGCUGAUGAUUAUAAACGGUUAAAACAUGAAUUAAAUACUCAUGCAUUGGAAGAGACUAAGAGAAAACAACGAGAUAAAGGACUUGAAAAAGAAUUGGAGGAAUUCAUCAGGGUCUAUACAGAAGCCCAAGAACAUAUGAAAGAUACGCCAAGAUUUCGUUCAUCCUUAAGAUUGAAACAAGAAAUUGAAUUAUUAGCUGCAUAUGUUCCGCCUAAUGAUAUAAUCAGAAGACUUCAGCGUAUCGUAAUGGAUGAUCUGCAAGAUCAGGUGAAUACACAACAACGACUUGAAGACUGUACACAAGAAGCUGUUGGAAUGGUACAGUCACAGAAUUCUGAUUUGUAUAUUCCAAAUCGUCCAGAUGAUUUGAUCAGUACUAUCAGAAGACUAGCUGAAAUGACAUCAACAGUUGUACAGCAAAAAAAUGAUUUACUCAAACAGCUAAAAACCAACGAAGUUGAACAUCAUGAAGAACUUAUCAAAACCAAGUCAUUAGUUCAAAGUGAAUGGAAAUCUAUUAUGGAUGAUACUAUAGCAAAACUGAACUAUGAAAACGCAGAUAAAAUCCAAAAAGCAGUUGAAGAGGUGGCACGUGUAGAAAAGAUGCGUCAAGAACAAAUUAUUUCUGUUAAAGAGACACUUAUAGAAGAACUUGAAAGUAAACUACGUGAAACUCGUCAAGUAUUAGCUGAAAAACAAAUUACUUUUGAAAGUGAAUUAAAUGAGGCCAAGGAAGCAAAUAAACUAUUAUCAACAUUACAACAACAGAUUGAAAUAAAAGAUUCUGAACUUGAAGAAGUGAAAACUCAGUUAAAUCAACAAAAUUUAGCUAGUGAAAAGUUACGCGAAGAAAUUGAAAAGGUUUGUGAAUCACACUGGAAGUCAGAAGUUGACAGUUAUAGAGAACAAGUUCGACAACAUGCCAGAACAAUAUGUGUUAUGGAGGAACGUUUAGUGAAAUUAACAAAACAGUUAAAAGAAUCUAAAAGUGAAGUGGCCAAGUUAAAACGUUGUAAUACAGAACUACAAAAUGAACACAAACAAUUACAAAUGCGUCUCACUGAUGCACAGAAUCGUCUUCAGUCUUCACGUAAAUCUUCAGCCCGUAAUCCUGAUGAAGCGAACAGACAACAGUCCUCUGCUAUUUCCGGAUCAGAUGGAGGUCCUAACUCUAGGCUGGCUGAUAACUUAAAGCAUGAAAUAUCCCACUUACAAGCUAUCAUCAAAGAUCAGGCAUCCACUAUUGAAGUGUUACGUUCAGAUUUGGAAGGUACACAAGCUCAACUAAGUGAUUUGAAAGGGGAGUUAACUGAAUCACAAAAGGAAGAGGUUGAAAAUGCAUUGAAUCUAAGUAGAAAAACAAAUGCAGAACUGAUCAAUACAAAAGAACAACUAACCCAUUUAAAAGAAUCUUUAAAGGAAAUGCAAAAGCAUUUAGAUGAAAGAAAUGAUCAAAUUAAAAAACAAAAACUUUCAAUUCAAGAAUUACGUGAUUUAAAGCAUGAACAUGAGUGUACAAUUAAACAGCUACAAGAUAAGUUACAGAAUGAAAGAGAAGAGUAUGCACAACGCAGUGAUCAAAUAAGCUUAUCGUCCAAACUUACUGAAGAACUUAUCACUUUAGGCACAGAAUGUAAAGGUGAAAGACAUCAUGAAAUUAUUAGUAACCAAAGGGAAGCUUUAAGUCAGCUGCGUCAACGUCUACGUAAUCAAUGCGGGUAUACAUUAUCACAAGGUAAUACAGAAAAUGAUGAAUAUAUCCGCCAGAUUUCCAGCCUUAAACGAGAAAAUGCUGAACUUCGUAGUAAAACACUACUUUCAGAAGCACCACUACCUAUGAAGGCAAUAGCAGAUGAUUCCCCACCUGCACAAGGUGAUGGAACAGAUGGUGAUCAGUUCACGGACCAGAGGCUAUCGAUGGAUCAUACUGGUUUGAGAAAUGCAAUGGAUGCCUUGCAUACUUCAGAAGAGUGUUAUUUGAAUCUGGUUCGAUCCAUAUCAAAUCACUUAGAAUUAGAUCGACUACCUGGUCAAAGAUCACUUAUCCAAGUGCCAAAAAUUGAAAGAGAAACAGUUAGAAAGGAACGUCAAAAUACAAUCGAAUUAUUAUCACAACGAAUUGCAAUACUCCGAGAUCAGCUGCAACGUAAAGAAGAUUUACUUAGUGAAUAUGAACGCGAUAUGAGUCGUCUGAAACAAGCUGAAGCUUUGGCAGAUGCUAAAAGUGAACAAUUAGAUCAAUUUAUAAAUGAAUUACAAUCAAAAGAAACUGAAAUUCAAUUAUUGCGUCAAAGUUUAGAUAGAACACGUGAAGCUUUAAUGCAUGAACAACGUACAGUUGCAGCACUUAAAAAGUCCCGAAAUCCAACACCUAUUUCGAAUUCCAGUUCAAUCAAGGCAAACCCAUCACCGAAAAAGCAAGCACGUCAGACAGGAAAUGAACAAACGGACAAGGAACAACGUCAGAAAAAAGCUAACCAAGAGAAACUGAAAAGAAAGGAUUAUGAAAUAGAUACGUUGAAGUCUCAACUAGAAGUACGUGACAAGAAACUCCAUUUGCUGUCUGAUCAAAUGAUGAGAAUGAAGAUACAAAUGGGUUUAGAGGACCAUGUAAAAUAA